AUGAUUUUUGAUAUAAUCAAUAAAGGAUAUCCAGUAUUAGAUGUAUAUUAAUUAUAUUUAUAUAAGAGAGCUUGUUUACAAAUAUUAUUAGCAUUUACACUCCCAAAUCAUUUUACCUGUAAACCUAUAGUAAAAUAUAUACCUGAUUUGUUAAAAUUUUUCAAUCAAACUCAAUAUGAAGAACUCAAAUAAACUGUUCUGUUUAUUUUCUCAAAUUUAGCAGCAGACUGUUAUUAAUGUAGAGAUGCUAUUUUAAUUUAUGAAAUACCAUAAACAAUUUUCAAAGUAUUACAUUAAUCCAAUAAUUAAUUAAUGGAUGAUCUAGCCUAAAUUGUAAUAAAUAUAUCAAGAACUCAACCAUUAAUGUCAAAUUAUCAUUAAAUUUAAAUGAUUAAAUUAUGUUGGGAAUUAUUUCCUCAUUUAUUAAAUAAUGAAUCCAUUAUAGGAAUCUUAUAACUUAUUUAUAAAAUAUGUUAGAAGGAUAAAAAUUUAUUAGAUCUAAAUUUCAUCAAUAAUCUCUGUUAAAAUAAAUAAAAUUCAGAUCUAUUUUUAAAUGAAAUAUUAUCGUUAAUAAGAAUAAUAUCAUAUUUUGAUAGAAAUAGAUAUGAAAAAAUUGAAAAUAAUAUCUUAAAUUUCCUGGUACUUAAUGUUAAUUAAACUUUGAUGAAUGGAAAAUAAGAGAAAUUUCAGUAAAAAUAAAUUAACAAAGUAUUGAGCAUAUUUACAAAUAUGAUUGUUGAAAACCCAAAAAUAAUAUAUAAUAUUCUUAAUACUAAUAUAGUGUAGCUAUUUAAAUUUGAUGAAAAAUUGUAAAAAGAUAAUAAGGAAAUCUAUGGUAAUAUAUAUUAUUAUUCUUUUUAUUAUUAGAUUAUUAGUAGUUUAAAUAAAAAUGAAUUAAAAUAAUUAAUUUAAUUAUUCUAACCGAUAUAACAAUUGAUUAAUUUAUUAGAUUAAAAUAUGGAUAAUUCAGAUAUUAUCAUAGAUAUUUUAAGAAUUAUUGAAAUAAUCAUUCAAAAUAAUAGUGAAUAAAUUUCUGUAUUUAUACAGUAAAAUGGAGAAUAAUUCUUAGCUGAAUUAUCAUAACAUGAAAAUGAGGGAGUAUAUAAUUUAUGCGAGAAUAUUUUCGAAAUUAUAUAGUGA